AUGCAUCAGCGUGGUUUGAGACCUCCGCACUCAGUGACAAGGCGGUCGCGAGUCCUCAUUGGAAACGCACAAUACUUACCAGCGAGAGAGGCAAUAAUAACGGCUGACGAUUACGUAUAUCAAAGGGGCGUGAAGCGUUCCUUUGGCGAUUAUGACGGCUCAGGGGACGACUCGUACCAGUUGGAAUUCCCCGGGACGGCAGCAAAUGGUAGAAAGGGAACGCGAGAAGUACUCGAAAAUAAUCGCCUAUUAGGUCAGAGAGCUGCUGACGGUGGCCCGGUGCAGCAUGUGGGUACCACUGCUGAGUGCCAUCGUGGUUAUCCUGUGCGAAGAGUCGGCGAUUUUGACGAAGGCGCACAUGGGCCAAGUGAUGAUGGCGCUGUGGAAGCUGAGCUGCGAGCGGAGAUCUUAAAUGGUGUGCGACAGCUGCUUCACAGCGAGUCCGAAAUUGACUGCCUUGUACAGCUGUGUUCGUUACUUAAGGAAAAGAACACUGCUUUGCUUGAGCGUGCCAUCCACCGCCGAGGCGUUGCCGAGUGCGUAGGACUACUUGAGGAGACAUUAAAAAUUGAAGCGAUGGGGGGAAUGUUGACCAAGGAGGGACGCCGUCGUACACCAGGUGGUGUCUUCUUGCGUCUUCUUCAAGAUAGGAUUCCGCGUGAGGACAAGCGAUUCAUAUGGGACGAGCAAAAUAGAGAGCAAAGGAGGCUCAAACGGCAAAGAAUCCGCAGCCAAAAAGCUGCGAAGGUGUCCGUACGUCCACGCGAAAAGCUGGAGAACAGUGUCUCGACUGCAAUCCAGCACCCUACAGAGCCGCCUGAAUGCGAUGAGCUUGAACCGGGGGAGCUUGACGCUGCCGAACUACGACCUAUUGAUGAAGCGUGA